AUGCCUAAACUCGACAUAUCCGUUCAAGACGAGCAGAAGGCUUUCGAAGCUGAUGUAGCUGCCAUCGAAAAGCAAUGGAGCUCUGCAAGGCAGUCGCAUUUGAAGAGACCAUAUACUGCAAGCACUAUAGCCGCGCUUCGUGCUUCCAUUCCCGCUCCAGCGGAAGCUUCCUCGAUCCAGGCUAUCAAGCUCUGGGAUCAGCUAAACGCCCACAACAAAGCCGGCACAUGCGAGUUGACAUUUGGCACCACUGACCCGGUAGCAGUUUCGCAGAUGGCCAAGCAUCAACAGACUGUCUACGUAUCCGGUGCUCUAUGUGGAUUCUCGGAAGUCGCACUCCCCGGAAUGGACCACGCGGACUACCCUUGGGAUACCGUGCCAAAAGUUGUUUCCAAGAUCUUCAAGAGCCAGCUUUGGCACGACCAGCGUCAACGACAGUACCGGUUACGACAUCCAAUCGAGCAGCGUGCAAAGCUGGAGAACUGGGACUACAUGGCGCCAAUCGUCGCGGAUGGCGACAUGGGCUUCGGUAGCCUAACGAGUACGAUGAAGAUGGCGCGCGAGUUCGUGGACGCUGGCGUAGCGAUGAUCCACAUUGACGACCUUGCGAUCGGGAUGAAGAAGUUUACCGUUGGUCAGGGGCGUACGAUUGUGCCGACACACGAGUAUCUGGAUCGUUUGACAGCUGUGCGGAUGCAAUUUGAUGUCAUGGGUGCGGAGACGUUACUGUUGUGCCGCUGCGACACAGACCAUGCCGAGUUCAUCACCAGUGUUGUCGACGAGCGCGACCACGAGUAUGUGCAGGGAGCGACAAAGAAGGUAGAGCCGUUACAGAAGUGUCUUGCGGCUGCGCAGAUGAAGGGCCAAGAUUUGAAAGCUGCGCGGGACGAGUGGAAGGCGAAAGCGGGCAUCAAGACUUUUGAUGAGGCUGUCGAGGCCGUUGCGUCGAAAGAAGAGUUUGCCGCUUACAUGGCGGCGCUUUCGAAAAGCAAGGUUGCUUCCCUGUCAGACCGUCGCGAUAUCGCGAGCAAGACCGUCCAACAAGAGGUUUCCUUCGACUGGGAGCUAUCGCGAUCGGCGAUGGGACAGUACAUGAUCAAGAGCUGUGUCAAGGGUAUCGUCGAGCGUGCCAUCGCCGCUGCGCCACUCGGAGACGUGACCUGGGCGCGUAUGGACUCUCCGAACUGGGACGACAUCGUCGAGUUCCACACCGAAGUUCGCAAAGCGUAUCCAGAUCGGCUCUUUGCCUUUGGCUACACCGGUGACUACGACUUUGCGAAAGCCGGGUUCAGUGAUGACCAGGUCAAGAAUCUUCAUCUCGAUCUUGCCAAGCUAGGCAUCGUGUGGCAGGUGCAGCCGAUCUGGAGUCUGCAAGGUCUGAACAUGGUGACGGAGCAAUUUGCGAAGAUGUGGCAGGACCAAGGUAUCGCUGGCUACUUGAAGUCGGUGCAAGGCCCAGCUCUUAGCUCAAAACCUAUGACUGAUGGGUUUGAGAAGUUGAGUUAUUGCGGUGGAUAUUUGGCGGAUGCUUUCUUCGAGACGGUCGCGGGGGAGUCUAUCGUAGACAAGGGCAAGGCAGCGUAG